AUGACUCGCCCUGCUGGCGCGAGCUUCGCUCAGUUCUUCCCCGCCGCCCCGCGCGCCGCAAGGGACAGGGCCAUGGAACGCGAAAAGGCGAAAAUGAAAGCACAGGAGUCUCCAUCCGUGCAGGCAGCCGACAUCAAUGGCCACAACUCCCCGCUGAACCCUGCGACAUCCGCACCACAACAUGCCGGCGCUGGCACUGCCGGCACCGCUGGCGCCAGCCGUGAUGUUGCACACCUACCGACAGAUGAUGCCGACUCGCUUGCCGGAGAUGCCCUCAACGUUGGAGGUUCGGUUAGCUCGCACGCCAGCACAAGUUCUUCAGUCUUUAGUGCCCCCGCGCGACCGAGCAAUUCGGCCGCCGCGAAAAGCUCAAAUGGCCAACCCACCCCACCUACCACGCACGCAUCCCCGUCGUCAUAUUUAUCAUCAACUGCGGGUGUCAAGGCACAGUCGCUCACUCCCCGCCGCGCCGACGAAAUAGACGGACGCAGCCCGGUACCCAACGGAACAGUCCUUGAAGCCCCGAACGCCGGACGUGUGCCUGCCCGAGACCCGUCUCGCUCGAUUCUGUCCAUCAGAUGCAGAUAUGAUCCACAUUUGGAUGCUUCGGUUCCGAUCCCCGAGAAGAGGAAGAGAAAACCGGUAUACAAAGAGUUUGGACCGGGCAACCGAGAUGACGCUCCCCCCUCAGACCCUCGCCUGGCCAAGGGCGGGAGGUUAAACUACAUCAACGUCGACUUCCACCUCCCGAAGGCCCGGCUACGCCAUGCGCCCUACAACCUGAAGCCGUACAAGUAUGAUCCCAAGACCUCCUGCGGUCCGGGACCUCCCACCCAGAUCGUGGUCAUGGGGUUCAACCCGUUGCUUGCCUUUUCCAAGGUGACUGCCGUGUUCGCUUCGUUCGGCGACAUCGCCGAGAGUAGCAACAAGAUGCACCCAGAGACGGGGAGCUACCUCGGCUUCGCCACAUUCCGCUACAGAGAUUCAAAGCCCAGCCGUUCGCGUCCGAUUCCGGUUCCCGCAGCCGAGGCCGCCAGGCGCGCCGUCCGGGCAAUGAACGGGAAGAGAAUUGAGGCGAGCACCGUCCGCGUCGAGUACGAUGCUGAUGGCAAGAAGAGCUCUCGGAUGCUGGAAGAGGUGCUGAAGAAAGAGAAAGAGAACGAAUCGACGCAGGGCCCAGGCGAACCCAAGAUCCCCACUGGCCCGAGACCCAAAGACUUCAUUCCCGGCCCCCCUCCGACCGCACCCAAGGCCCCCGCAGCCCACCGUGGCUUGAUGAACGUCCAAGGCGUUUGGGUCCCAAAGCCCCGACUGGAUUCCGUGAUUGAGGUCGAGCCCAUUGCCCCACGCCUUAAACACGAGCCGUACAUCUUUGUUGCGCACCAACACGUUCCCGUCAUGCCCACCACGGUGACCCACAUGAAGAGGCGCCUUAAAACAUUCAUGUUUGAGGACAUCCGGGCUGACAGGAGCGGCUACUACAUCAUCUUCCGAGAUUCAGGACAUGGGCGAGCCGAGGCCGAUCGCUGCUACCGGUCUGCAGACCGCACAGCCUUCUUUACCUACACCAUGGUCAUGGAGCUCCAUCUGUACGGGACGGCUGGCAAGACCUCGCAUAGCUCAGAUGCCCGGCGCCGAAGUCGCACCCCCGAGCGGAGACGAUUUGACGACAGCAGGUCGCACCGUGAACGUGACCAUGAACAUGACGGCAGCAAGCGCGAUGAGGAGAGAGCCAAGCGUGAGGAGCGAGAGCGUCGAAGGCGCGAGGAGGAGGCGGACUUGGAGGAGGAGAAGCGGCAAAGGGCUAAGAACUUUGACCCGGUUCUCGAAGCCACGGAAGUCGUCCUCCGGGAGAUGAAGGAGCAGUUGAUCAAGCAUAUUCGGACCAAGAUCGCGGCACCGGCUCUUUUCAAAUUCCUGGAUCCUGCCAACCACUACGCCACGCGACGCAGACUCAAUCUCGAGGAUCCUGUUAGUGCCAGGCUUCCUCCCAUUUCUCUCGACGACUACGAGGAGCGCUCGCCCGUGGGCACGCCGAACUCGAGGGGGGAUCCCAUUGAGCGACGGACGGCCCGGCUUGACGUCUCCGCGCUGCCGCGCAUCCGCAAGGUCAAGAAUGCCGGAUUGAACACCCGUAAGCAUGGGUUCAACGAUCCGUUUGCGCGCAACCGCCCUGCGGCUAGGCGCAGCGCAUUUCGGUCCCUCCAUUACCGCCUGAGGAGCGACAGCGAGGGUGAAUCUGAGGAUGAAACCGAGAAUAGGACAUCGCUCGGCCGCGACACAGAGGAACUUGAGUCCCGACCUCGCAGCCGUAUGGGCUCGGAAUUCGGCGCGGACAAGGAUGACUACGGAUUCUGGGGCCCGGGCGAGGAGGAUUCCAUGACGGAGGCCAGUUUUGCUCUGAAUGACAGCUCGGUACUGCCAAAGAAGAGGAAGCUGGAUCUGCAGGUGGAAACGGCCAUUAAACGGCAGAAGAAGACGGACGAGGAGCUUUUCGGCGUGGCCAUUGACCGCAUCGAAACCGAGUUCCCAUCUUCUGAGCCAUCUCCGGAGGACCUUCUUCUCCCGGACGCCGGAGCCGCGGAGGAGAAUGAAACGGACAGUUCCCGGAUGCCAACGCCCUUGCCGCAAGGGGCGCAGGCCAAGCCGAAAGCCGCGCCUAAAACGAAGAAGAAGUCGAAGAAGCAGCUGCUCGAAGAGAGGGAAGCUCUCAAACGGCAACAGCAAGAGAUAUUCGAGAGAGAGGCGUUGCCAUCGGAGGAAGUGGACGAGGCCAAACCGACACCUGAGGCGGAGACGGAGCCGAAGAAGCCCGGGAAGCCCGAUGCCGAAGAAGAGGAGGAGAAGCCUGACCUGGACGAGAAUCUGUACCCGUCCCGGAAGGUCGCAGCUUUGGAGCUGCCUGAGGACUUCAGCUUCGACGUGGCGGCAUUGCAAGAGUUGAUGCUGGGGGAGAACGAUCAACCAGACGUCGACAAGCUUUGCAAGAAGUUCGGGCGCUGCAAGAUGGACGACCCCGAGCUAUGGUUAUGGAGGCGAGAUCGAAUCCGUGAGCUGAACUCGGCGCGGGGGUCAAAAAAGGAACCGGUUCGCAUCGAGGGCUACUAUGUCCCGAAUCCCACUGGCUGUGCGAGGACUGAGGGCGUGAAGAAGAUCCUCAAUUCGGAGAAGUCGAAAUAUCUCCCGCACCACCUCAUGGUGCAGAAGGCCAGAGAGGAGCGUCAGGCGCAGACGGGCAAAAACGCCAAAGACGCGGCGCUCGCGGCAGCGGAAGCGGCCAGGCUGGCCGCGGAGAGUCUCGUCGCGAAGGGGAAUUCCCGAGCCAACCGGGCCAACAACCGUCGCUUCGUGGCGGACCUCAACGACCAGCGGAAAACGCUCGGCCAGGAUUCGGACGUCUUGCGGUUUAACCAGCUGAAGAAGCGAAAGAAGCCCGUCAAGUUCGACCGGUCGGCCAUCCACAACUGGGGCCUGUAUGCAAUGGAGAACAUACCCAAGGAUGACAUGAUCAUCGAGUACGUGGGCGAGGAGGUCCGGCAGCAGAUCGCCGAGAUCCGCGAGCACAGGUACCUGAAGAGCGGCAUCGGCAGCAGCUACCUCUUCCGCAUCGACGACAACACGGUCAUCGACGCGACGAAGAAGGGCGGCAUCGCGCGCUUCAUCAACCACAGUUGCAUGCCCAACUGCACGGCCAAGAUCAUCAAGGUGGAGGGCAGCAAGCGGAUCGUGAUCUAUGCGCUCCGGGACAUCGCGCAGAACGAGGAGUUAACAUACGACUACAAGUUUGAGCGCGAGCUUGGCAGCACGGACCGCAUCCCCUGCCUGUGCGGAACGGCAGCGUGCAAGGGCUUCCUCAACUAAAGACUACCUCCCCACCUCAUAAUGCCUCCUGCAUGUCCUGUCUUCCUCACCUCUUCCUGCUCUUGGGGAUCCUCACCAACCAUUGCUGCCCUGUUUUUGAGGUGAGGAUUCUCUCUGGAAUUCUGCGAUGUUUCCAUUGCAUCGUACAUAUCACAUCAAGUCAUCAGACCUCGCAUCCCCAUCAUCUCAGAGUCCCCGCGGUCGGUUUCGGGGAGAUCAAAUUAUCGACGCCGUUCAAUGAGAUCUGAUCAUGGAGGAGAGAAUGGCUCUCCCAUUUUUUACUCCCUCUCUCACUGUCUUCAGAGCGGAGUUGAGAACCAUUAUUUGAGGCGUCGGUUCAGGUUGGGGCACCGGUUUGGGCAAACCGCCCUUUUAAUGGGGUGGGGUUGUUGCGAGGGCAAGGGAGGCGCGAAGUCUGCUUCCCGGAUGGAGCAUUUGCAGCGAAUUCAUUCAGUCAGUUUUUUUUCCCCGUCUUGGCCUUCGCAUCAUUUGGAUCUGUCGUGGUGUUGCGGUGGUGAUUGAGACGGCUUGACCGAAUCUUCCGAGGUGCGGUGUCAUUGUUCUUUCUUGCUUUGGUGGGGUGAGAAAAGGAGUUUCGGAUCAUCGGACGGACGGGCGGAUGGAUGGUGCUUCCAAGUUAUCCGGCGGCCGGCGGCGUUUUCGUGGACGGGAGAAACGGGCGGCAUGACGUGUUGAGGCCGGCGGUCUCGUCCGGUGGUUGUUCUUUUCGGCUCUGCGCCGUUGUGUCUUGUGGGGUGGCUUGUACUGAUAUAUUGGUGCUGUACCCGAGCUAUAUAUGGUCGUGUCGUAGUGUAAUGGGAUGAUGCAUUGGGUUGGUGCUGUAG